CUUCGCACAUUUUCUUCUCCUGCUCCUGCUGACAACCAGGGACCCUCCACACCACACCCAUGGCCUGCAACAACCUCUGCCGUCCCUGCGGACCCACCCCGCUGGCCAACAGCUGCAACGAGCCCUGUGCCCUGCAAUGCCAGGACUCCCACGUUGUCAUCAACCCUUCCCCUGUGCUGGUCACCCUGCCAGGACCCAUCAUGACCUCCUUCCCCCAGAACACCGCUGUUGGAUCCACCUCCUCGGCUGCCAUGGGCACUGAACUCAGUGUGCAGGGACAGCCCAUCUCUGGUGGAUUUGGUGGCUUUGGCUAUGGCCUUGGCUAUGGCCGUGGAUUUGGCUAUGGGCUGGGCUGUGGCUACGGGCUGGGAGGCCUGGGCUGCUAUGGCAGAAGGGGUGGCUACAUCUGCUAAGGGCCCUCAGCAGCAACACCUGACAUGAGCCUCUCACUCCCUGGAACACAUCUCAGGCAAGGCAGCAGCCAAGGGUCCAGUCCAGGCUGACUGCAAACAUGGCCCUCUCCUCCUCUUCUUCCGUUCCCUGCUAUGCAUCCCCCCUUUGCCUAUGUGCAGUCUCCUGUGCUGCAAGCCACUUCUCCCAAGACAGAGCCCGUGAGACACCUCUGCUGGGCUGCUCCUUCUGCAAGGCACAAAGUCUGGCACAACCUCCUGCAAGCAAAGCACCUUAUUUUACUCAAUAAAG